GAGUAAAUGUACUUAGUUCCGUUCCGCUGCUGCGUUUUAAGCUCAGUGGUGUUGUCAGGUGUUUUCCAGUAGUCCAGACAGGAAACAGAGAUGAUGAACUGAUGAUGAGGAGGAGGAGGAAGAAGGCGUAUUCAGUUUCACUUUAAGCCCGUUGAUGGGGGAAACCACAGGUUGCUGCUCUGCUGUUUGGUGAAACCUGAUUGGGCGGGCUUUAAAGAACUUCGGUCUUCAUCUGACGCUCCACUUCCUCCCAGGAAGACGAGUCACCGCCAGCCCGUUGAGAAAGAGCGAGACAUCAGCUCAAGCUCGCCGUCGACAUGAGGACUGAGCCGAGCCGACGGCUCCGAGCGGAGACGCGUUGUUAGGUGAACACAGCUGUCGGCAAAAACCAGCUGUUUUGAAGGCCUCCAUCUGCUCGCUCCUGCUGCCUGGAGGAAGUCUUUGUGCGCCGGACCAUGAGUGGAAGCAGAAGCCCCCCCGAUGGCUGCGAGGGUCCAGUCCAGAGUCCCCGUCAGGCCUCGUACCACUGGCACCAUUACAGGAAGCCUCGGCAGAGAUCCGACCCCCGGCAGGCUCCUCAGCAGCCGUUGGACAGAUACAAGUGGAGGACAUCUGCUCACCUGGCAACAGCCAAGACGGACGCCCCCGAGGGCAAAGGGUACGACGCGGAGCCUCUUCAGCCGCUCAGCCUCCCGAGGUUCGACGUCGCCCCACAUGACCGGAGCGGAGAUGGACCCUCCGCGGGCCUCCAGGAGGGCCAGACGAGGAUCGGCUCUCUGCGCAGGAUCUUCCCCUACUUCAGGUCCACGUCUGAGCCCGGGACGGGCAGCGGCCCGGAGAGGACGGCGGUCAGGAAGGGGGGGUCUGAGCGGAGAGCUCCCUCCUCCGUCAGCGGCUUCUUCACCUCGGUCUCUCGGAGAAUCAGCAGAGUCCUCCGGGACCAACCGGAACCUGAAGAGUCUGAUGUGAAAGGUCCUCCAGCUCACCGGUUCUCCUGCGGUCAGAGUCCGUACAGCGACAGCGGCGCCUGGGACAGGAAGUUGUGCAUCCUGACAGACAGCCAGCUCAUCCUGCUCAACAAGGACGACGAGGCUGCAGGUGAGGCUCAGGAGAGCCCCACGGACUCGUCAAAGGGCCGGAGUCUCCGCAGGACCGUCAGCGUCCCCUCAGAGGGACAGUUCCCAGAGUUCCCAGCAGAGGGCACCGCCGCCAUGCUAGAAGUGUCUUCGGAGCGCUCUCCGAGGAGGAGGAGUAUCUCCGGUCUGGGGAGUUCAGAGAAGAGCGUCGCUGUCGACAAUCCAAACUCGUCUCCUUUCAAAGUGCCGGGUUUCUUCAGUAAACGUCUCAAAGGCUCCAUCAAGAGGACGAAGAGUCAGACCAAACUGGACAGAAACACCAGCUUCAGACUGCCCUCGCUCCGGCCCGCUGACGCCGACAGAUCCCGCGGGCUCCCCAAGCUGAAGGAGUCCACCUCCCAUGAGUCUCUGCUGAGCCCGGGCAGCGCCGUGGAGGCUCUGGACCUCAGCAUGGAGGAGGACGUGUUCAUCAAACCGCUGCACAGCAGCAUCCUGGGACAGGAGUUCUGCUUCGAGGUGACGUACGCCGGCGGCAGCAAGUGUUUCAGCUGCACGUCGUCGUCAGAGAGAGACAAGUGGAUGGAGAACCUGAGGAGAACGAUUCAGCCCAACAAGGACAACUGCCGGCGGGCGGAGAACCUGCUGCGUCUGUGGAUCAUCGAAGCCAAAGACCUGCCGCCGAAGAAGAAGUAUUUCUGCGAGCUGUGCCUGGACGACGUCCUGUACGCCCGGACCACCAGCAAGACUCGCCACGACAGCCUGUUCUGGGGCGAGUACUUUGACUUCUCCAGCCUACCCCCCAUGCACAGCAUCACCGUGCACAUCUACCGCGACGUGGACAAGAAGAAGAAGAAGGACAAGAACAACUACGUGGGCCUGGUGAACAUCCCGGUGGCGGGCGUGACGGGCCGGCAGUUUGUGGAGAAGUGGUACCCGGUCAGCACGCCCACCGCCAGCAAGGCCAAAGGAGGGGGGCCGUCGAUCCGCAUCAAGUCCCGCUUCCAGACCAUCUCCAUCCUGCCCAUGGAGCAGUACAAGGAGUUUGCCGAGUUCGUCACCAACAACUACACCAUGCUGUGCUCGGUGCUGGAGCCCGUCAUCAGCGUCAAGAACAAGGAGGAGAUGGCCUGCGCUCUGGUCCACAUCCUGCAGAGCACCGGGAGGGCAAAGGACUUCCUGACAGACCUGGUGAUGUCGGAGGUGGACCGCUGCGCCGACCACGACGUCCUGAUCUUCAGGGAGAACACGCUGGCCACUAAAGCCAUCGAGGAAUAUCUGAAGCUGGUGGGACAGAAAUACCUGCACGACGCACUCGGUGAGUUCAUCAAAGCUCUUUACGAGUCGGACGAGAACUGCGAGGUCGAUCCCGGUCGCUGCUCCAGCGGCGAGCUGGCCGAACACCAGAGUAACCUGAAGAUGUGCUGCGAGCUGGCGUUCUGCAAGAUCAUCAACUCCUACUGUGUGUUUCCUCGGGAGCUGAAGGAAGUGUUUGCGUCGUGGAAGCAGCAGUGCGUCGCUCGCGGCCACCAGCAGGACAUCAGCAAGCGUCUGAUCAGCGCCUCGCUGUUCCUGCGCUUCCUGUGCCCCGCCAUCAUGUCGCCGUCGCUCUUCAGCCUGAUGCAGGAAUAUCCGGACGACCGGACGUCCCGGACGCUCACGCUCAUCGCCAAGGUCAUCCAGAACCUCGCCAACUUCACCAAGUUUGGGAACAAAGAGGAGUACAUGGCGUUCAUGAACGACUUCCUGGAGCACGAGUGGGCGGGGAUGAUGCGUUUCCUGUCGGAGAUCUCCAACCCGGAGACGCUGUCCAACACGCCGGGCUUCGAGGGUUACAUCGACCUCGGCCGCGAGCUGUCCGUCCUGCACGCUCUGCUGUGGGAGGUCGUCUCUCAGCUCGACAAGGCCACCGUAGCGAAGCUGGGUCCGCUGCCGAGGAUUCUGGGAGACAUCUCGCGCUGCCUGGCCGCUCCCACGCCCGUCCAGCAGCAGCUGAGACGCUUCCAGGAACACAACUCUGCACACAACAUCAGCGGCAGCCUGUCGUCAGGGUUACAGCGGAUCUUUGAGGACCCCGCCGACAGCCACAGUGACGUCUGCAGCCUGCAGUCUCCAGUCGGCGAUGUGACGGAGGGUUACGGUCGAGGUCAGCGCCCCCUGCUGGCUCAGCAGCAUCCCUCCGACCAGGAGGAGCACGCCGUCCUGCUGCCCAACGGCCGCAGCGUCUCUCUGGUGGACCUGCAGGACGCCCAGAGCCUGCACGGUCCCACGGGGCCGCCGUCGCACCACGAGGCCCCGCCCCGCCUCAGCAGGGUGGGCUCCCAGGCCUCCAUCGGACACGUCCCGCCGCCGCUCAACUACCCGCACUCCAACCCUCUGACCCCCCAGCCGGGUCCGCACCAGACCAAAGCCUCGUCCAGAGAUGGUCAGCCGCAGAGCGCGCCGCAGGCAAGGCGGCCGCUGCACCCGUCGCUCAGCCAGCAGCGCAGCCUGCAGCCGCUGUCCUUCCAGAACCCCGUCUACCACCUGAGUAACCCCGCCCACAGCCUGUCCACGCGCUCCGCCCACUCGCUGCGGCAGGACUCCAGCUCCGAGAACCUGAGCACCGAGAGCUCGCACAACAGCCACAGCAACUCCGACGACUUCGGCAGCCAGGUGGGGGUCAAAGGUCACGCGCCCUCCAACAGCAGCCUGGACGAGUCGGGCGGCAGGCGGAGCGCGCAGAGCGAGGAGUGUUCCACGCCGCGCCGCCACGCGCCGCCCGACCUCCCGCCCGGCGCCGCCACGGCGGUCGCCGUCCCCCGCCAGAGCACGACGGCGGGCACCGCCCACAUCGUCAAGGUGGAGCAGCAGAGCAGAGGUGGGGCCGGGGUCAGGACGCCGCGCUCCCUCCCUCACAGCGCCUCGCUACGCAGCAGCAGCAGCGCCAACACGGAGCCCGCGCCCAUCCCCGGCCACGCCAGCCGCCAACAGGCCACCUGCUCCGCGGAGAACAUGACUCCGCCCCCGAGGAACGCCACCAAGCAGCCACAGCCGGUGGCGUCCCCGGUGGAGACGGUUGCCGUGGCGAUGUCUCCCGUGGAGAGGACGGCAGCCUGGGUGCUCAACAACGGCCAGUAUGAGGAAGAGGAGGAGGAGGAAGGAGGAGGAGGGGAGAAGAGCAAGGAGGAGGGCAGGAACACUGAGAAGUACGAGCUGGAGAUCUCCCGGCUGAAGGAGCGUCUGCGGGUGUCCGGUCGGCGUCUGGAGGAGUACGAGCGGCGGCUGCUGGCUCAGGAGCAGCAGAUGCAGAAGCUGCUGCUGGAGUAUAAACACCGUCUGGAGGACAGCGAGGAGAGGCUGAGGAGGCAGCAGGAGGAGAAGGACAGCCAGAUGAAGAGCAUCAUCUGCAGGCUGAUGGCGGUGGAGGAGGAGUUAAAGCGGGACCAUGCAGAGAUGCAGGCGGUGAUUGAAGCCAAACAGAAGAUCAUCGACGCUCAGGAGAAGCGGAUCGGCUCCCUGGACGCGGCGAACUCGCGGCUGAUGGCGGCGCUGACGCAGGUGAAGGAGCGCUACAGCACGCCGAACCUCCGCAACGGCCUGUCACCCACCAACCCCACCAAACUGUCCAUCACUGAGAACGGAGAGUUCAAGAACAGCAGCUGCUGAUUGGCCGACCGGGACGGCGAGAGGCGGGGCUUAACCUCUUAAAGCUGCAGCGCUGCGAAAGAAUAAGAGAGAGAAUCUAUAAAUACGAGUGUAAAUACUGAAGGAAUGUUUAGUGUACAGAGAGAGAGUGUGUGUGUGUGUGUGUGUGUGUGUGUGUGUGUGUGUGUGUGUGUGCGUGCGUGUGUGUGUGCGCAGCGUCACAGAAGCACAGUGAGGAAGAAACAAACCAAAAACUAAGAGUUUUCUACCCGACUGUUUUUAUGGUUUUCAUUUGAAUCUUCUGGUUUUUGUUGUCGAGGCUGGAGAUGAUUUUUGAUUUUUUUUUUUUUUUAGACUGGAGUUUUCUUUUCUUUUUUUUUUUUUUACCUGACGAGUUGUUUUGGGGUUUUAAUUUAUUCCUCCAUGUCGUCUCCUUGUUGCUGAUCUACUGAACAGACUCCUGUAGGGUCAGGGUCAAAGGUCACACACCUGUCUACUGUCCCACCUUGAGAAUAAAAGCUGCCUGAAAGAU